AUGGCGACCGAGGCCGGGACCGCGCGGCCUGGCAGCGUUGCCAUGGAGACAAGUAGGGAGCUAGGGCUCCAGAGCCUCGGUGCAACGCCGGCUCAGAACCCUACGGAGCCUCUUUGCGAGGCCGGUGCUGCGGCAGGGGCAGCGCGCUGGGACCUGCAGAAAUACUCCUUGCUCAUCGUGAUCGGCGAUAUCGGUACAGAGAGUCAGCUGAGGGCCGUACGGGCCCACCUUGAACAAGGGAUUCUCUCAUGGAACAUUGACUUAUCAUCCUUUGACUUGAACCAACAGUUGAGACUCUUCAUUACCCGGCACCUAGCUCACUUCUCCUCAGAGGUCAAAGGCCAGAGGACCCUCUGCCACCAGAGUGAAAUCCUCGAGACCAUCGUCCUAGUCAACCCCAGCUCAGACAGUGUCAGCUCAGAGGUUCAUCAUCUUCUUAGCAGCCCAUCAGCUCACAAACUCCUUAUCUUAAGUGGACAAACUUUAGAACCUGAGGGAGACCUUAUCCUACAGAGUGGUACCUACUCGUAUCAAAACUUUGUCCAGGUCCUUCACAAACCUGAGAUUGCCCAGUUGCUUAGCAAUAGAGACCCUGGGAUCCAGGCCUUCCUCACUGUUUCCUGCUUAGGGGAGGGUGACUGGAGCCACCUGGGACUGUCUAGUUCCCAAGAGACCUUGCACCUCCGGCUAAAUCCUGAGCCUGUGCUACCCACCAUGGAUGGUGUGGCCGAGUUCUCCGAGUAUGUCUCUGAGACUGUGGAUGUGCCGUCCCCCUUUGACCUGCUUGAACCCCCCACCUCAGGAGGCUUCCUCAAACUCUCCAAACCUUGCUGCUACAUCUUCCCUGGUGGCCGUGGGGACUCUGCUCUCUUUGCUGUCAAUGGCUUUAACAUCCUGGUGGACGGUGGUUCGGAUCGCAAGUCCUGCUUCUGGAAGCUGGUACGGCACCUGGACCGCAUCGACUCUGUGCUGCUCACACACAUUGGGGCUGACAAUCUGCCGGGCAUCAACGGGCUCCUCCAGCGCAAAGUGGCAGAGCUAGAGGAGGAGCAGUCCCAGGGCUCCAGCAGCUACAGCGACUGGGUGAAGAACCUCAUCUCCCCUGAGCUUGGAGUUGUGUUCUUCAAUGUACCUGAGAAGCUCCGGCUGCCCGAUGCCUCCCGCAAGGCCAAGCGUAGCAUUGAAGAGGCCUGCCUCACUCUUCAGCACCUAAACCGCCUAGGCAUCCAAGCCGAGCCUCUGUAUCGUGUGGUCAGUAACACCAUCGAGCCGCUGACCCUCUUCCACAAAAUGGGUGUAGGUAGGCUGGACAUGUAUGUCCUCAACCCUGUCAAGGACAGUAAAGAGAUGCAGUUUCUCAUGCAGAAGUGGGCAGGCAAUAGUAAAGCCAAGACAGGCAUUGUACUGGCCAAUGGGAAGGAAGCAGAGAUCUCUGUCCCCUACCUGACCUCCAUCACUGCUCUGGUGGUAUGGCUCCCAGCCAACCCUACUGAGAAGAUUGUGCGUGUGCUUUUCCCAGGAAAUGCUCCCCAGAACAAGAUCUUAGAGGGCUUGGAAAAGCUUCGGCACCUGGACUUCCUGCGCUACCCUGUGGCAACACAGAAGGACCUGGCUGCUGGGGCCGUGCCUGCCAACUUGAAACCCAGCAAAAUCAAACAUCGGGCUGACAGCAAGGAGAGCCUCAAGGCUGCUCCCAAGACAGCAGUGAGCAAGCUGGCCAAACGGGAGGAAGUGUUAGAAGAGGGAGCCAAGGAGGCCCGCUCAGAGCUGGCCAAGGAGUUAGCCAAGUCAGAAAAGAAAGCAAAAGAACCGUCCGAGAAGCCCCCUGAAAAACCCUCCAAGCCAGAGAGGGUGAGGACAGAGUCCAGUGAAGCACUGAAGGCUGAGAAGAGGAAGCUGAUCAAGGAUAAAGUAGGCAAGAAGCACCUGAAGGAGAAGAUUUCAAAGCUGGAGGAGAAAAGGGACAAGGAGAAAAAGGAGAUCAAGAAGGAAAGGAAGGAACUCAAGAAGGAGGAAGGAAGGAAGGAAGAGAAAAAGGAUGCCAAGAAGGAUGAAAAGAGGAAAGACACCAAACCCGAGGUAAAGAAAUUCUCUAAGCCAGACCUGAAGCCUUUUACCCCUGAGGUCCGGAAGACCCUCUACAAAGCCAAGGCCCCUGGAAGGAUCAAGGUGGACAAAGGCCGAGCCGCCCGUGGAGAAAAGGAGUUGUCUUCUGAGCCCCGGACACCCCCAGCCCAGAAGGGGGCUGCACCACCUCCAGCUGUCAGUGGGCACAGAGAGUUGGCCUUGUCCUCUCCAGAGGACCUCACACAGGACUUUGAGGAGUUGAAGCGUGAGGAGAGAGGUUUGCUGGCUGAACAAAGGGACACAGGACUGGGUGAGAAACCACUCCCUGCAGAUGCCACAGAGCAGGGACACCCAAGCACAUCCAUCCAGGCGACCCAACCCUCUGGCCCAGUGCUGGAGCAAGAACAUGUGGAAAGGGAGAAAGAGGUCAUCCCAGACUUUCCUGAGGAUAAAGGAAGCAAGGACAGAGGCCCAGACUCAGGUGCUGAGGUAGCGAAAGAGAAAGAAACCUGGGAGGAAAGGAAGCAAAGAGAGGCAGAGUUGACUGCAGAGAACACUGCUGCCAGGGAGGAGAGCGAACCUGAGGUAAAGGAGGAUGUUAUAGAAAAGGCUGAGUUAGAAGAAAUGGAGGAGGUUCACCCUUCAGAUGAGGAAGAGGAAGAGACAAAGGCUGAGAGUUUUUAUCAAAAACAUAUGCAGGAAGCCUUAAAGGUAAUCCCAAAGAGCAGAGAGGCUCUUGGCAGCCGGGAAUUGGGAUUCCAGGCUAAGGCACCUGAGAAGGAGGCGGCAUCAUUCCUAAGCAGCCUGGCCACACCUGCGGGAGCCACUGAGCAUGUCUCUUACAUCCAGGAUGAGACAAUCCCUGGCUACUCAGAGACUGAGCAGACUAUUUCAGAUGAAGAGAUCCAUGAUGAGCCAGAUGAACGCCCAGCCCCACCCAGAUUUCCUACAAGUACCUAUGACCUUUCUGGGCCUGAAGGUCCUGGCCCCUUUGAAGCCAGCCAGUCUGCAGAUAGUGCUGUUCCAGCCACCUCGAGCAAAACUUACGGGGCACCUGAGACUGAACUCACCUACCCUCCCAACAUGGUCGCUGCCCCUCUGGCUGAAGAGGAACAUGUGUCCUCAGCCACAUCAAUCACUGAGUGUGACAAACUCUCUUCCUUUGCCACAUCAGUGGCUGAGGACCAAUCUGUGGCUUCACUCACAGCUCCCCAGACGGAGGAGACAGGCAAGAGCUCCCUGUUGCUUGACACUGUCACAAGUAUCCCCUCUUCCCGCACUGAAGCCACUCAAGGCUUGGACUAUGUGCCAUCAGCUGGCACCAUCUCACCCACCUCUUCCCUGGAAGAAGACAAGGGCUUCAAGUCACCACCCUGUGAGGAUUUCUCUGUGACUGGGGAGUCGGAGAAGAAAGGAGAGGCUGUGGGGAGAGGCUUGACGGGGGAGAAGACUGUGGGAAAGGAAGAAAAAAACGUAAUGGCGACUGAGAAACUGUCCAGUCAGUAUGCUGCUGUGUUUGGUGCCCCUGGACAUGCCUUGCAUCCUGGGGAACCAGCCCUCGGAGAAGUGGAGGAACGGUGCCUCAGCCCAGAUGACAGCACGGUGAAAAUGGCGUCUCCUCCACCAUCUGGCCCACCUAGUGCUGCCCACACACCCUUUCAUCAGUCACCAGUAGAAGAAAAGUCUGAGCCUCAAGACUUUCAGGAAGAUUCCUGGGGAGACACAAAGCAUACUCCAGGUGUGAGCAAGGAAGAUGCUGACGAGCAGACAGUUAAGGCAGGGCCUGAGGAGGACAUAUCAGAAGAGGGGAAAGUACCUCUUUCCAGGAGCCCCCAAGCCCAGGACAUAGCUGUGAGCAUCGUUGGGGGUCAGACUGGCUGUACUAUUCAACUGUUGCCAGAACAAGACAAAGCAAUAGUGUUUGAGACUGGAGAGGCAGGUUCAGUUCUCAGAGCAGGAAACCUUUCCAGAGAAGUGAGGACAGCACUUGAAGAACCCACAGAACCUCAGAAAGAUGAAGUACUUCGGUUUACUGAUCAAAGCCUUUCCCCUGAAGAUGCAGAGUCCCUGUCUGUCCUCAGUGUGGUCUCUCCAGACACUGCCAAACAAGAAGCCACCCCCAGGUCUCCCUGUAGCCUGAAAGCGCAGCAGCUACACAAAGACCUUUGGCCAAUGGUGUCCCCAGAAGACACCCAGUCACUUUCUUUCUCAGAAGAGAGUCCUAGCAAGGAGACCUCUCUGGAUAUCUCUUCUAAGCAGCUCUCUCCAGAAAGCCUUGGCACCCUCCAGUUUGGAGAAUUAAGCCUAGGAAAGGAAGAAAAGAGGCCUCUGAUGAAGGUGGAGGACACCUCUUGCCACCUAGCUCCUGUGUCUAUUCCAGAGCCCCACACAUCCACAGUGUCACCGCUCACAGCUGAGGCUGCUGGAGAGGCAGAUCUCACAGAUGAGAGCCCUGCUGGAAAUUUAGCUGGCAGUUCUUUCUCUCACUCUGCCCUGCCAGGUGAUAGGAAACACUCACCUGGGGAGAUCACAGGCCCUGGUGGACACUUUAUGACCUCUGAUAGCUCCCUCACCAAGAGUCCUGAGUCUCUGUCAAGUCCCGCCAUGGAGGACCUUGCCAUAGAGUGGGAAGGUAAAGCUCCAGGGUUGAAAGACAGAACCACUGAGCAGAAGGAGAAAGAACUCGAGCUAAAGAGUGAAACCCCACAGCCGAAGGACCAGAUUCUGCCGGAGAAGGUCGCUGUUGUCGAGCAGGACUCGGUCAUGCAUCAGAAAGAUGAGGCUCUGGAUGAGGAGAGCAGGCCUGGAGGACAGCAGGGCAAGACUUCAGAACAGAGGGACAGAGGCUUGGACAAAAAAGACACGGCUGUAGAGCUGGACGAGGGCCCAGAACCCAAAGACAAAGACUUAGAUCAGGAGGACCAGGGCCCAGCAGAGAAGGACAAGGCCUCAGAACAAAGGGACACAGCCCCGCAACAGACUCAGACCACUGAAUCAAGAGACAGAGCACAAGAGCACAGAGAUUUAGAACAAAAGGACAAGCAUUUAGAGCUGAGAGAUAAGACUCCUGAAGAGAAAGAUAGAGUGUUGGUACAGGAAGACAGGGCUCCAGAGCACAGCAUCCCCGAGCCAACACAGACAGACAGAGCUCUAGAACACAGAAGAAAGGCUGAUGAUAAAGAACAGAAGGAUGAGGCCCCAGAAGAGAAAGAACAGGCUUUAGAACAAAAAGACUGGGCCCUAGGAAAGGAGGGUGUUGCCUUGGACCAAAACAACAGGUCUGCUGAACAUAAAGAUGGGGCCCUAAAAGAGGACAAAACUCAGGGGCAGAAGAGCUCUUUCCUGGAAGACAAAGCCACAACACCAAAACAGAUGGUCCUUGACCAAAAGUCUCCAGAAAAGGCCAAGGGUGUGGAGCAGCAGGAUGGAGCUGUCCUGGAGAAGACCAGAGCUUUGGGACUGGAAGAGAGCCCAGCAGAGGAGGGCAAGGCUCGAGAGCAGGAAGAGAAAUACUGGAAGGAGCAGGAUGUGGUCCAGGGAUGGCGAGAAACAUCUCCAACCAGAGGAGAGCCAGUGGGAGGCCAGAAAGAGCCUGUUCCAGCCUGGGAGGGCAAGUCUCCUGAGCAAGAAGUCAGGUAUUGGAGGGACAGAGACAUAACCCUACAGCAGGAUGCAUACUGGAGGGAGCUAAGCAGUGAGAGGAAGGUCUGGUUCCCCCAUGAGCUGGAUGGCCAAGGAGCCCGUCCACGGUACUCUGAGGAACGUGAAAGUACUUUUCUUGAUGAGGGGCCAGAUGAACAAGAAAUAACCCCACUGCAGCACACUCCCCGGAGUCCCUGGACCUCAGAUUUCAAGGAUUUCCCGGAGCCCCUGCCACAGAAGGGGCUGGAAGUAGAGCGCUGGCUUGCUGAGUCACCAGUUGGCCUGCCACCAGAGGAAGAGGACAAACUGACUCGCUCUCCCUUUGAGAUCAUCUCCCCUCCAGCAUCCCCACCUGAGAUGACUGGACAGAGCGUUUCUUCUGCCCCAGCACAAGAAAGCCCUGUCCCAGACACUAAGUCUACACCACCCACGAGGAAUGAAGCUACCACCCCUUCAUGGCUAGCUGAGAUCCCACCAUGGGUACCUAAGGACAGGCCCCUGCCUCCUGCACCCCUCUCUCCAGCUCCAGCUCCCCCGACACCUGCCCCAGAGCCACAUACUCCUGUGCCCUUCUCCUGGGGCAUAGCUGAAUAUGACAGUGUGGUGGCUGCGGUGCAGGAGGGGGCAGCUGAGUUGGAAGGUGGCCCAUACUCCCCCUUAGGGAAGGACUAUCGCAAAGCUGAAGGGGAAAGGGAAGGAGAGGGUGAGGCUGGAGCUCCUGACAGCAGCUCCUUCAGUUCAAAGCUCCCAGAGGCUGGCGAGAGCCACAUCACCAGGGAUACUGAGCAGACUGAGCCAGAGCAGAGAGAGCCCACACCCUAUCCCGACGAGAGAAGCUUUCAGUAUGCAGACAUCUAUGAACAGAUGAUGCUUACUGGGCUUGGCCCUGCUUGCCCCACCAGGGAGCCUCCACUGGGGGCAUCCGGGGACUGGCCCCCACACCUCUCAACCAAGGAGGAGGCUGCUGGCCACAAUACAUCUGCAGAGAAGGAGCCUUCCUCCCCUGUCUCACCCCCAAAUCUCCAAUCUGACACUCCAACUUUUAGCUAUGCAGCUCUGGCAGGACCCACUGUACCUCCCAGGCAAGAACCUGAGCUAGGGCCCAACUUGGAGCCCAGCUUCACCCCUCCCGCAGUGCCCCCUCGUGCCCCUAUCUCCCUGAGCAAAGACCCGAGUCCCCCUCUUAAUGGAAGCACUAUGAGCAGUAGCCCAGACAGGAGGACCCCAUCCUCAAAAGAGUUGGGCCGAGGUCAUUGGGAUGAUGGUACUAAUGACUCAGACCUGGAGAAGGGGGCUUGUGAACAGCCCGAGAAAGAGACCCAGUCCCCAAGUCCCCAUCACCCCAUGCCUGUGGGCCACCCCUCACUGUGGCCUGAAACUGAGGCACACAGCAGCCUUUCUUCAGACUCACACCUAGGGCCUGUCCGACCAAGUCUGGACUUCCCUGCUUCAGCCUUUGGCUUCUCCUCUUUGCAGCCUGCUCCCCCUCAGCUGCCCUCUCCAGCUGAACCCCGUUCUGCACCCUGUGGCUCACUUGCCUUCUCUGGGGACAGAGCUCUGGCCCUGGUUCCAGGAACUCCAACCAGAACCCGACAUGAUGAGUACCUGGAAGUGACCAAGGCACCCAGCCUAGAUUCCUCACUGCCCCAACUCCCUUCACCCAGCUCUCCUGGGGCCCCUCUUCUCUCCAAUCUGCCCCGACCUGCCUCGCCAGCCUUGUCUGAAGGGUCUUCUUCUGAGGCUACCACUCCUGUGAUUUCAAGUGUGGCUGAACGCUUCCCUCUAGGUCUAGAGGCGGCUGAACAGAGUGCUGGAGAAUUGGGCCCAGGAAAAGAGCCAGCUGCCCACAGCCUCUGGGACCUCACUCCUCUGAGCCCAGCUCCCUUAGCUUCACUGGACUUGGCUCCAGCUCCAGCCCCAGCCCCAGCUCCAGCUCCAGCUCCAGCUCCAGCUCCAGCUCCAGCUCCAGCUCCAAGCCUGCCUGGAGACUUGGGUGAUGGUACCCUGCCCUGCCGCCUGGAGUGCUCAGGGGAACUCACCAAGAAGCCAAGCCCCUUCCUGAGCCACUCUGGAGAUCAUGAGGCCAAUGGUCCAGGAGAAACCAGCCUUAAUCCCCCAGGGUUUGCCACAGCCACGGUAGAAAAAGAAGAGGCUGAAGCGGGUCACGCUUGGGAACGAGGGUCCUGGCCUGAAGGAGCUGAAAGGAGCUCUAGGCCCGAUACACUUCUCUCAUCUGAGCAGCCACUGGGUCCUGGGAAAAGCUCCGGGGGCCCACCCUGCAGUCUUUCUUCUGAAGUCGAGGCUGGACCUCAGGGAUGUGCUACAGAUCCCCGUCCUCACUGCGGGGAGCUUUCCCCCUCAUUCCUGAACCCUCCUCUGCCCCCAUCCACAGAUGACAGUGACCUUUCAACGGAAGAAGCUCGGCUGGCAGGAAAAGGAGGGCGGCGCCGGGCAGGGAGGCCAGGGGCCACGGGAGGUCCAUGCCCUAUGGCUGAUGAGACACCCCCCACAUCAGUCAGCGACUCAGGCUCCUCACAGUCAGAUUCUGAUGUCCCACCAGAAACUGAGGAGUGUCCAUCCAUCACAGCUGAGGCAGCCCUUGACUCAGAUGAAGAUGGGGACUUCUUGCCUGUGGACAAAGCUGGGGGAGUUAGUGGAACUCACCACCCCAGACCUGGCCAUGACCCACCCCCAGCCCCCCUACCAGACCCCCGCCCAUCCCCUCCUCGACCAGAUGUUUGCAUGGCUGACCCUGAGGGCCUCAGCUCAGAGUCUGGGAGGGUUGAGAGACUACGAGAAAAGGUGCAGGGGCGGCCUGGGCGUAGGGCCCCUGGCCGGGCCAAGCCUGCAUCUCCUGCUCGGCGUCUGGAUAUUCGGGGAAAACGGUCACCUACUCCUGGCAAAGGGCCUACAGAUCGAACAUCCCGGGCCCUACCCCGACCACGGAGCACUCCAAGUCAGGUCACCUCAGCAGAAGAAAAGGAUAGUCACAGCCCCAUGUCCAAAGGCUUAGUCAAUGGCCUCAAGGCAGGAUCCACAGCCCUGGGCUCCAAGGGUGGUUCUGGCGCUCCAGUGUAUGUGGAUCUUGCCUAUAUUCCAAAUCACUGCAGCGGCAAGACUGCAGAUCAGGACUUCUUCCGCCGAGUGCGUGCAUCCUACUAUGUGGUCAGUGGAAAUGACCCUGCCAAUGGCGAGCCAAGCCGGGCUGUUCUGGAUGCCCUGCUGGAAGGCAAGGCCCAGUGGGGGGAGAACCUUCAGGUGACUCUGAUUCCCACUCACGACACGGAGGUGACUCGUGAGUGGUAUCAGCAAACACAUGAGCAGCAGCAGCAACUGAACGUCCUGGUCCUGGCUAGCAGCAGCACGGUGGUGAUGCAGGACGAGUCCUUUCCAGCCUGCAAGAUUGAGUUCUGAGUGACCCACGCUCCCUUCCCCACGGAUCCACUCCUACAGUUCAUUUAGAGAAUGGCUACUGCUGAGUCCUCUGGGGUUGAGGGAAGUAGAGCUGGGCAGGGACCUUGUCCUGUUAUGAGGACUUGGGCUAAGUGGGAGGUCCUGUCCUUCCCCUCAUCUCUUCCUGGGGGUUUCAAAACCAAAGGCAAUUGGGGGGGGAUACAAAAUUAUGAAAGGUAAUUUCAUCUGAUGCCUGAAACCCCUAGAGUAAUUCCCUCUCCUAGCACUGCCAAAUGCUGGUCUUGGGUGAGGAUGGGUUUCAGACAGCACACUCCUCCCCAUGGAGGAAGAGUAACACCCUCUCCUCCAGAACCUCAUUAUUUAUUUGGCAUUCCAGAAAGGAUUGCCGAUAAUUUAUAUGAUGCAGGGAAGGCCACUUUUAGUAAGGAGCCAGAGCUGUGUCCUUUCUUCCAUCUCCCAUGCCCUAGCCACCAGGGUCUGGGCUCCGUAGGGACCUGGGGACAUGUGGCUGCUAUGCUGUCUCAUUGCUUCCCUAAAUAUCUGAAUGUCUCAACUCAAAACUUGAAGCUCUUUAGACCAAGAACCAGGGAGAGGAAAAACGGAGCUCAUCUCUCAGCCCCUGCUUCAGACCAUUUAUAGCCUCAGGCUGUGCCCAGACCAGGCUACCUGGGCAGCGCAAAGGGCAAGGAGAGCCCCAACCCCAGUUGUUCCAAGCGCCCCAAUCACUUAGUCUUCACCUAUCCCAGUCCAAUAAGCCUCAUUCCUUCUCAUCCCCUGCUUGGCUUCUCUGCAUGUGGUCAUCUGCUAUGGCCUGGUGUGUAACGGGUUAAAAAAAAAAGCCACUGCCUGACAUCCACAUCCACUUUAGCCAUGUGUGACUCCCCCAACAUUCCAAUCCUCUAUCAUCCUGCAGCUGAAAUGGGAACGCUGGCUGCCUCUCUAAACCUAAACUCUUGGAUAGAGUUUCUGGGAGAUGGAGGCUGGACUAGAGAACUGGGGGAGGGGGGAGGGGAGGGAGAGGGGGAAGGAAGAGAGGAAGCUGAGCUAUAUAGCUUACCUCCUCCAGAGUGAAGACAGGCUGAGAAGUCUACUACAGGACAGGACCUCGCCCCAAGCAAGUCAGUGAGCAGCCCGACCAGACCCUGCUGGACUGAGAAACUCAGCCGCUGACAGUCCCCGGGGCUUGCCUUCUUUGCCAAGCCAAUGGGAAACCAAAAGGAGCUCACCUCCUGUUCUUCCUAGCUCCCCUACCUGCCGCUGUGCUCUGCUCCUCCCCACAUGUCCCUGCUACAAUUCCCAGCUGCUGUAACAGAGCCACCUCCACCUCUAACAAUAAACCGAGUUCAUUGCAGAUA